UUUUGUUUCUUAGAAAACCCCUUGGAGCUGGCCAAAAAAAAAAUCGAGAGAGAGACAAUCAUUCAUCGUUCCGAAUUAGGAUCCAGCAUUCCAUUUUUGUUCUGAUAUCUGUCAGCCAUGGCGACUCUCCGAUACACUGAUCUGAUCUGAUCUAUGAAUCGACGCUUCUCUGAGGAUUCCUCACCGUUCAUGCUCUAAUCGGUUCGCCAAAUUGAGGAACUAACUUGUGUGGCGACUAUAAUGUGUCAAGGACCGAUAUGACAGGAAACGCAGAUUCCGGCAAAAUCGCGACAGAGAAAGACCCUAGGAAGCUCGUUUUCACCAAAUUGGAGGUAUCUCCCGUCUUCCGAGAAUCUCCUGUUAAAGAACUUCCUCUUUUUCCUCCGAUUUCUCGAGAGCAUUCAGAAGCAAAGGAUAAGACAGAUGAAGAAGGCAUUACUUCGAGGAAACACAAAGGAUGUCGAUGCAAGCAGUCCAAAUGUUUAAAGUUGUACUGUGACUGUUUUGCAUCAGGAGUGGUAUGUACAGACUGUGAUUGUGUUGAUUGUCAUAACAACUCUGAGAAAUGUGAUGCUAGAGAAGCAGCUAUGGUGAAUGUACUAGGUCGCAACCCAAAUGCCUUCAGUGAAAAGGCUUUAGGUAGCCUAACUGAUAAUCAGUGUAAGGCUGCACCUGAUACUAAACCUGGACUGCUUUCGAGAGGCUGCAAAUGUAAAAGAACCAGGUGUUUGAAGAAGUACUGUGAGUGCUUUCAGGCUAAUCUUCUGUGCUCAGACAACUGUAAAUGCAUCAACUGCAAGAAUGUUAGUGAAGCGUUCCAGCCUCCUGCAUUUUCUGCUCACAAUUCCCCACAAGUAUACCGGAGGAGAAGAGACCGAGAGCUAACUGAGUGGAAUUCUUGUCCAGCUCCGUUAUUUUCGAUACCUGACAAUUCCAUUCAAAAUGCUCUGGGUUCCCCUAUGUCUUGCUCUCCUAAACUUCCUUACAGAAAGAAAAGGUCCCUCAUGGGAUACACCUCUACACUUCUUCCGGACUUGGGAGAUUUAUGCUCACUUCUCGUUGCAGCGUCAGAAUCUGCUACAACAACUGCAGAGGACCAGAACAGGAUAUUUACAAAGCCUGAUGAUAAGGAAGCCAUUGAGCUGUCAAGUGAGUCUGAGAGUCGUAAUGUGGAAGAAGAAAUACAAUCACGUGGAAGAUUGAUCGAACUGAUAGAUGUUCAAUACAAUGGAGAAGAGGAUUCCCAAUGUAAGACCAAGACAAGUGUCAAUGAAACAGAUAUAUACAUGGAGCAGGAAAGGGCAGUGCUUGAAACUUUCAGAGACUGUCUCCAAAAGUUCAUCAAAUCGAGACUGGAAUCAUAA